GGGCGAGCUUUACGUCUCUGUAAUGCGCCUGAACGGGGAACCGGCUCUUGGGGCCGGUGGUGGUCUCAGCCCUCCUCUCCAAGCCCGGGUGACCGGGAGCGGACCUCCCACCGAGCACAUCCUUAGAAAUGAGAAGGACGCGCGGGGCCAGCUCACGUGUUCAUCGAUGUUGAUGAGACAUACUUUUCAGAACGGGAAGCUUGGACGAGCGGAUGGACCUAUUUUCAGCUUUGAAAAUAGGUUUUUAAACGUCCUUUUUUUCCUCCUUGCCUUGUUCUUUCUCUCCUAGUAACUCUAUAAAUAACUUAAAAAUUUUUAGCAGCCGUGUACCUGCCGAAUGUGAGUGUUUAGAGAAGUACUGCGAAGGGUGGAUCAGGAAAUGCUUAUCUCUGUCCGUCCCUCUCAUCUUCCUCUGUAAUUUUCAGGGAGGGAAACCUGGAAACCCCAGGCUCAGGGGAGAGCGACCAGCAAGCCCUUAGAGCGAGUUCCUUACCCUUCAGGGGUUGCUUUUCUAGCCUUGAGUUAACAGCUGGGUAGAAGCAUAGGCGAAGAAGAAAUCUUUGCUUCGGCUGGUGGCGAGGGUGGUAGUGGCAGUCCUCCCUGGGCCCACGCACGAGGUCAUGGCCCACCAGACGGGAGAAAGGCUGAGAGGCUGGGUGCACGUUAGCGGGAUUUGCAGCCUGGUGAUAGUCCACCUCUGGUGUGGUUGGUGACCAAGUUAGAAAGCCUCAUCCCAUCACUGUGAUACAUCUGCUUUAAUUGUCUUUUUGUAUUGAAGUAAUUUUUAAGAAAUGGAAGUCAUACUGGAACAUUGCCUUCUUAGAAUUAAGCCUGAGGCCUCAGUUAAAUGUAAAAGGUGUAUUUAGAUGGGUGCACAUUCAGGAAGCAGGUAACAGUUAACUUGCAUUUUUAUUUACCAUGUUUUCGUUCCUCUAAAAGAAUCUUACCUUUUUGAAGAAUGGGUAUAGGAAAUGAAGAGAGACUUGGAAGACAAAUAGCACAUUAAUGGAAAAUACUUAAAGGAGCUAAAAAGACUUUUAGCUUGAUGUAAAAUAUGUUGUAUUACUCAGACCUUUAGUUUGCAAGUAAAAUGAGACAAAGUUCUAUCAAUAUUCCUUCCUGUCUGAUCUCUUUUCUCCACCUGUGUCAUAAACAGAUGGUCAUGAUUUUAACACCAGUGGGAGUAAAAAGGAUCACUUUAUAUAUAAGCUUUACAUCCACUUAACUGAUGAGAUCUGAUGUUUUCAUUUCUAUAUUAUCAUAGUUAAUUUCAGACAUUUAGUGAAGUGCAAUGUCAAGAUUAAAGCAUACCACCAAGUUAUAAUUAAAAUUUUAAAAAGUUAUUUAUCACAUCUCUUUUAAGCACACUUAUCACUCUCUGUAUCAUUUGAUUUAUUUUUGGAUUUUAAUGAGUACUAAGAAAUGAAAGAAGACACAAGGUAAUGAGGCUUACUGCUUUGAAACUGUUCGUGAAUUUCCAGCCAGUUGUUGCCCACAUUUAGGAAGAAGCGGUAGGUUCUAAAAUUCUUUAGGGAACACCAGGUUUGAGUGGAGAAAGGCAUUAUUUAGCAGAGAAUGGAGUGCUUAUAGGAUUAGUGUUAUCAUCCUAAAGUCCACACCUUAAAAAAGGUAAAGAUUUCCUGCUUUGAUGCAACUUAAAUAACGCAGAGGGAGCUUGUUAAAAUACUGCUUUUCUUUUCUAAAUGUUGUUUUCUUUUCUAAAUGUUGUUUCUUCCUUUGUCUUCCUUUCUCCUCAAUAAGCAACAGCAGCAGCAAAGCCUCCCUUGCUUUCACAGUGUACUCUAGAAGACCAGGGAGUGUGGUCCUGGAAGGAACUGAUAAUUUAGGUGGCUAACUACAGAAUGAAGGCUUUAAAGAAGUGUAUUUCAAAAACCUGUAGACUGUGUCACGUGCAAAGGAUCCCCUGGAGUGCUUGUUAAACCUGCAUGCCUGGGGUUUAGCUGAGGUCUUGUUCAUUGAACCCUCUGGAAGGGGCUGGGAUCUGCCUUUCAAUUUAUUUUUUUACAAGCCCCCCUCAGGUAGUUCUCGUGAUAAAUAUCACAUUUGAACCUUACUUUAAUGUAUAAAGUUAUUUGGACACAGUUAGUUGCUACAUAAUUAGAAAUGGAGAAAACCAAAUAAAAAACUGCUCUUUAAUUCCUAAAAGAUACUAGUUAGAAGAUAGCAAAUAGAAACUCAACAGGCAUGUAACACUUCCUACCUGAAUAGAAAAACAGGGCGGAAGUUCCCGUUGUGGCGCAGUGGGUAACGAAUCCGACUAGGAACCAUGAGGUGGCGGGUUCGGCCCCUGCCCUUGCUCAGUGGGUUAACGAUCCGGCGUUGCCAUGAGCUGUGGUGUAGGUUGCAAACACAGCUCAGAUCCCGAGUUGCUGUGGCUCUGGUGUAGGCCGGUGGCUACAGCUCCGAUUCAACCCUUAGCCUGGGAACCUCCAUAUGCCGAGGGAGCGGCCCAGAAAUAGCAAAAAGCCAAAAAAAAAAAAAAAAAAAAAAAAGAAAAACAGGGAACCUGUCUGUGGCCAGGGCUUGCAUGUCCAUGUGUGAAAUUGGAACUAGUGAAUUACUAAAUUCUAAGAACUAUGAAGAGAGUUCCCUUUUGCACAAAAACAUGGCUUUCGUAAACAUUUUCAUUCCUUUUUUUUUGCUUUUUAGGGCCAUACCCAAGGCAUAUGGAGGUGCUGGCCUAUGUCACAGCCACAGCAACACCAGAUCUGAGCUGUGUCUGCCACCCACACCACAGCUCACGGCAACGCCGGAUCCUUAACUCACGGAGCAAGGCCAGGGGUGGAACCCGCAACCUCAUGGUUCCUAGUUGGAUUCGUUAACCACUGAGCCACCAUGGGAACUCCAACAUUUUCGUUCUUAAGGUCAAGUUUGGACAUUUUCUUACAGGGAAUCUUUCUUACAUGUAAAUCUGUGUCUCCAGGAUUCCAGAGCUUUGAAACCACUCAUACAAAACAAAAAAUGCCUAUUGGUGGUACUGAGAAGAAAAUCUAAGUGGGUGCAAAAGUGCUUAUUGGACCACUGAGCACCAAAAGGAGUUAAGACUUCAGUAGUUUGAGAUAGUAGUCUUGGGAGAGAAGACCAACACUUGUAGCAUGGGGCUUAAGUUCUUCCAGGCAAAAAUGGUAGAGACGAUGGACACAAAACAGUGCAUGAAUUACAUCCCAAGGGAGUUGCAGAGCCUGUGCUGGAGAAGCUCAGAGGGAUGGUGGUCAGGCCGGGGGCCCCAUAGUUGCGGUGUGGGGCAGACACUGACACAGGCAGGCCUCCUUCCAAAUCUGACUUCUCAAGUUAUCAGACACUAGGCUCCUGACUGUAUAGACAUCAGGAAAAGGGUGGUAAUUGAAUAACUCCCCCAUCAUUCCCUUUCUUAAUACUCUACCAAAGCGGUAGAAAACACAUUUUCUUUUGCUUCUUUCCUCUGAGAUAAUCCCUUUCAGAGAGAUUAGUAGUGUAUGUGUUUUUUGGCCUGAUUAAGGUUGAGGCCUAAGGAGAAUUGAAGGACCCCUUUGACUGGUUUAUGUAAGAAAGUAAGGGGACUAAUAGGAUUUAAAAGAGGCAUAGAUUGUUAGGACUGCAAAUAAAUUUAUCUGGUGCUGAUAAUAGAGUAAAAUUUUUACUCUUGUGAAUCCAUGGUGAGACCCAGUGCCACCACCUCCCGCUUUAACCAAGUGACAACACAAACCUCCUCUUUGCUGUCUGUUCUUUUACAGUGGUGUCAUUCUUCGGAUUUCCUCUACCUUUUAUCGGGACCUGAUGUUUCCCACCGAGGUGCCUACUGCCUCUAUUAACUUUUGCCCAGACUACUUUUGGAUCUCAUUCUCUCUUGCCUAAACCCUUCCAGCAGUCUCUAACUGGCUGCCCACCUCCGAUCUCCCUAUCCUUCCAGUCCAUCUGCUGCAGAGUCAGCUGCCUGACUGCUGCUGUGCUCCCCUGCCAUCUGCAUCCAGGAUAAAGUGCACAUUCCUUAACUUGGUUUUCUGUGUCCUCCAGGGUCUCACCCCAGCCUGCUUCUCUGUUAUCUCCUGCUCUGCUCCCUUCCCUACUUGAAGCUCCGCCGGACAACUGUUGCAGCUCUAGUCCCGAAAAUUUCUCUCCUUUGUUCUGUCCUUUCUUUUAGUUCCUGACUUUUUCUUCCUGCUCAGACCCGCUUUUCCAGCUGUCUGCCUGUGUCAGUACAACGAUUGCCCAUCCUUUCCCUCCUCUGUGUUCCUGCAGUGCUCCCACAAAUCCGUAUCUCUGAGAAAGGAGGAGUCCUGCCGAUAUCAAAAGUGGAAAGUUAGAUUUCUUUGUGCCUGUGACCCCAGCUUUGUAUUACAUCUCAGCAGGUUCUUAAAUGAACAUGCCUCUCAAUGAUAGUAGCUACCAUUUAUUGGAUGUCUGCUAUGUCCCAGCCUCUAAAUGCUGUAAUACUUUGUUGAAUAAAUUCCUCACAACAGUCCUUUGAAGGAGGUGGUAUUAUGCAGUUUUACAGAUGAGCAAAUGGAAGCCCUCGGAACUUAAGGACUAUGCCCAGGUGACACAGCUAGUAAAGUGGCAGAGCCAGGAUGGAGCCCAGGUCUGUCUGUAAAGUUCACUCUGGUGUUCUCACACUUCUGGCACUUGGCUUUGUGUCAUUGCUAUUGAGGUGCAUGCCUGAUCUCUCUGUUGUGAUUGUGCGCUCAUGAUUCAGGGCUGAGCCUAUGCAAAUCUUGAUAUUCCUAGCAUAGCUCUGGCAAAUUGGCAUUCAUGCAUAGUGUGCUUGCUGGGUGAAACUGCAUUCCUCUGGGCCUACUAAAUUGUAUACUUCUUUAGGAGGAAAAUUAUUUUUUUUUAAUCUUCCAUGCUUUUUUUUUUUUUUUUUUUUUAACACCUAGUGUGCACUCCAUGAAUAUUUGUUGAAUGAAUGGUUGAUAGUAGGGCCAGAGCAGACUCACUUUAGUGAGGGCUUUAGCUACAAGGUGUCUGAGAUGGACCGUCUCUGUCAAAGGUUAAGCCCUGCAUAGCUUAGGAGAGGUUCGAGGCAAUGUACAAACAGUUCCAACAUAUUCAGCGUUUAGCAGUUUAAGUAGCUGUGUCCAGGUCAGUUGAGAAGAAAGUCAUGGUUAUGUCAACUUAGCUACUGUUUGUUGAGCCCCAGUGUUCUCCACGUUGAGCUAGGCCCUGUCUUUUUUUAAAAAUCUCUAACUCAAGUCUGUAAGGCAGUGUAUAUUUUGAAAUGCCUUUUCCAGUAGGUGUUUGCAUACGAUUUUUAACGAAGUCAUAACCACUCUGUAGGACAGAGAAGACAUACAAUAGACUCACUUAAAAAUGCGGAAAGGCAAACUGAAAAAACCAGUGAAAGCUAGUGAAGAGCUAGUUUUGAUUUUAACCCAGGCCUCUAGAGCUGAGUUUUUUCAAGGUUGCCUCCUUUAUUUUUUAUUUUUAUUUUUUGUCUUUUUAGGGCUGCACCUGUGGCAUAUGGAGGUUCCUAGGCUAGGGGUUGAAUCAGAGCUGUAACUCCCGGCCUACACCACAGCUCACAGCAAUGCUGGAUCCUUAACCCACUGAGCGAGGCCAGGGAUCAAACCUGCAUCCUCAUGGAUGCUAGUCAGAUUUGUUUCCACUGAGCCACGAUGGGAACUCCUGAGGUUGCCUCCUUUAGAAGCCACGUACCCAGUGCUUUUCUACCUCUAGUCAAAUGAUGCUCGUGGUCACUGCUGACUUCUGAGGUGUCCCAAGAGUAGUAGUGGCCCUUAUAACCUAAAAGCUGCUAUUUUCGUCAUCUCGCUCCUUUGUUCAUGUUAGUUCUUGAGGCUUGGCAAGUCAGCCAGCAUUGGGUUUUCUGAAGGGUCAGUUAAGUAUAUGACUUUCAACCACAGAGCAAAGGCGGUGGUUUUAUAUAUGCCAAAAUAUUUCAGUGGGUGGGUCCAAAUUAUUUUGUGGGAUUUGAUUGUUAUUUUAUCUUUUGCUUCAAUUAUCAACUAACAAUAAAGCCUUCUUAUUUGAAUAGAGCAGUUAUUUAAAGCCUCUUUUGGAUACAGGGUUUUUCAAAGAUAAUGCUGAAAUCCAAGGAGCCAUUCAUGAGAAAAAUAUACAUAAAGAAUUUUGCAUGUAAUCUCAGACUCUUCAUGGACCUACUUCAAAUAUCUAGUAGAGUGGUUUAACCUUUCAGAGUACUAGUCACACUUCCAUUAGUUGAAGCCUUAGUAGGUUUUUUAAUUUUAUUAUAUGGCAAAUUUUUUUUCACUGGUAUUGUUACAGUGAGAUUUUUCUGUAUUCUUCCUUAUGGAUUUAGCCUUUAAAAUAUUUUUCUGUACCUAAAAUAGCAUCCAGGAGUGAAGCUACCGGUCUGUAUACACUUUUUUCUAUUUAGUGUCUAAUGUCUAUUAAACAUUUACCAUCUUUGAAUAAUUGAAGAUUUAGGUACCUACUUAAUAGUUGAAAAUAGUGUCCUAUCUCAUAAUUUUCAUUCAGUUCUUACAGUAACUUUCUGACAUAAGUUGUAGUCUCAUCGCACUAAUGAGACUGGAGGCUGAGAAGUUAGAACCUGUCUAAGGUAACACUAAUAGCUAAUAGGUCAUGAUUGGAACCCAGGUUGGCCUCCUUCCACUGUCCAUGGUCUUUUCAGAAAUUCAUUUAAAACACAUAGAUAUCUGCCUUGGUUACAGCAAAGUUUAAUACUGAUAAACGAACACAGAAACUUAAAGAAAAUUAAGAUGAGGAGUUCUCGUCGUGGUGUAGCGGAAACGAAUCUGACUAGGAGCCAUGAGGUUUCGGGUUCAAUCCCUGGCCUUGCUCAAGGGGUUAAGGAUGUGGUAUUGCCAUGAGCUGUAGGUCGCAGACAUGGCGCGGAUCUGGCCUUGCUGUGACUCUGAUUGGAUCCCUAGCCUGGGAACCUCCAUAUGCCUCGGGUGCGGCCCUAAAAAGACUAAAGACAAAAAGUAAUAAUAAUAAAGUGUUUCCAAACUAUUUAAAAAAAGUUUUAAGAGGAAAAAGAAUAUAUACCUACCAUCCCGCAACUCUGACAGCUCAUGGUUCUUCACAGCUCAGUAUUAAAUGAGUACCCUGGCAGGAGGAGGGGAGAGAAAGGAGUAGGGCACCAGCUACUAGCAGAAUAAGUGAAUCUGUUAGAGGGUGGGACUCAAACCUGACUGGCCUGGCUCUGGCUCAGAAGUCUCUUAAAUAAUUACCUGUUAUAGAUUAGUCCGGCAAUUAAAACUCCACUGGAAAAGAUAGUGGAUUCUCUUUGACUUAAAAUUUGGCCAUAGAGAAACCUGUAACCUACCUGUAACAUUCAUCCAUCCCAUCAUGUUUGUGUUGACUCUGAAGGUUGUGGGAAAGAGUUUAAGAAUGCUUGAAAUAAAUGAACCCGAACUGUUAGCAAAGAGAUUGAGCAAAAACAAACAACUGAAGAAGAAAGGAAAUGGAGCCUUUAGCAGCAACACCUGAAAGAGAAAAGGGGGUGGGGGUGGAGUGAGGAGCUAACUUAUCCUGGAGGCCACGCUGUGUGUCAUGGUGCCUGAACUAGUCUUCCUGCAUAAAGAAAGGAAGACUUCAGUGACUUCUUUGAAGCCUUUUCUUUUGAAGCACUUUUGCUUUCUGUUGAAAUCAUAGAGAAGAUUACCAGUAUAUCUGAGAUUAUGUAUUGCUGUCCAUCCUUUUAAAGCUGCAUUUACAUAGUUAUUACCUGUAACUGGACCUUAGGUUAGAAAAUCACUGUUUAGUACCAUAAGGAUUCACAAGUGUAGAAAUCCCAUUCUUUAAAUGACUGGGGAAAAUCAGCAACAUUUAAACCUUGUGCUCUAAAGGCAGGUUUUAAAGGAAGAAUAUCAUGCAAGUAUGACUUCUGAGGAUGAUCUAAGUUAUAUAUUCCCAAGGUUCUUAGGGGCAGGGAUUCAGUUUAGAAUGAAUUCAGCGCUGGAAAUCACAACUUAAUAAUAGGUUGCUUGUCUUGAUGUGUACAGUUGCUCUGGGCAAGUUGUGUGGGCUGUUAUCGCCUGAGAAAUCCCUGUAAAUGAUAUUAGUAAUACUUUUUAUAAGUAGGUUGGGAGAAUUAAUUUAUUUUUCUAAAGCAUUUAAAAUUCUUUGAUGAAGGAUUCUGUGUGGAGCAAAUUGGAAUCAGCCUGUUUUCCGUCCUCUGAGAUGGAAGAAAAUAGGCACCUUAGGGUGGGAAGGUUGGCUUAUUUUUGGAGUUCUUUUAUAAAUUGCUUUUGUUGAAUUUGAAAUGGAUGUCAGAAGCUCCCAAGAAUAUGGAUAACUAUAAAAGCAAACUUCUUUAGAUUUGGAAUUUGGAACCAUGUGUUUUCAUCAAAGAUUUAAAACAGUUUUAAUUAUUAGUCUGUAAUGGCCAGGCUUGAGAAAAUAUGGCCCUUUGAUGAUCUGGGUCCCAACUUUGUUUUUCUCUUGCUUUUUCUUCAUUUCAGAGAAGGGAUAAGGCUGACUUUCUGAAAAGCAGUCAACUUUUAUUUUCAAUGUGUAAGAUCUAUUUCUUCUGGUAAUCUGUGAAAUUAAUCCUUUGCUGUCAAAUAAAUUGCAAUAGGUGCUGGAACAGAUUUUUUUUCAUCUGCAUUUACACAUUCAAAUGUGCAUACUCAAAUGCAUCCAUGUCGAAAACAGCUUUGCUUUGGAAGAUUUAAAACCAAUUCUUGCUUUAGGGAAGCUAACAGUCUAAUAGGGCAGGAUUAUGUAUAUGCACAGGUAACAGUAAUGCAUGCUGUUUUUGAAAAAUGCAUGUUUCUUCCUGAAUUAUCCAUACUUAAAAAAACAGUGGAGAAAAUAGUACUGUAACUAUUUUGGAGUAACUUAAUACUAAGGCUUUGCAGUUCAUGCAUUUUCAAGAAACUUUAGGCCAUUGUCAAAGAAAAAUGAACCAGUAUAGAUGUAUAGGAAGGAACAUAGCCCAAAGUCCUACCUGGUGCCUUGAAACCUGAGCUUCUGAUGCACUGAGGUAUUCUCUCUCUCCUUUCCCUCCCCUCCCCUCUCUCCCCCCAUCCCCUCUCUCCCUCCCCUCCCCUCCCUCCCUUCCCUCCUCUCCCUCCCUCCCCUCCCUCCUCUCGCGACUGAUUAGCUGAGCCCUUUCUCCAACUGUACGUGAUUUCCCAGUGAACUGGUGGGUGUAUUUUCCAGCUUAUAUUAGUCACCCGAUUUACAGCAUUCGUGUUCGUCUUAUAACAGACUGUGUUUCAAAUCUUCACAGGUUUCUCACCUUUUAGGGUUCUGAUUUACUGUCCAUUCAGAGUCUGUGACCUUUACUUUUGGUAAGCUUCCAAAUAGCUCUUCGGCGGAGACCCUACCCACUUUAUUCUUCUACCCUUGAGUGGUGAGGAACCAAAGUUCGCUUGUGUAAUGCUGGGGGUGGGGGCAGGUAGGGCAGCGCACCUCCCCGCCCGUGAGGUAGCCCAGACUCCGGUUUACCCAAUGACCCCGCCCCCCCAUUGGGAUAGAUUGGAGAGGAUUUGGUUUUUGAGGGCCCACGAAGAUAAUUAACUCAAUUUACAUUUGUAUAAUGAAGACUAAAUUCCGAGAGCAGCCGUCUUUCAAAUGAACCCUGAGAGUUCAGCCUAUCUGUUGAUACUGCAGGUCAAGAUCCUUGGCUUUUUGAGCAGUUUAUUAUUUAGCCAGAUUUAGUUCUCAAAACAAAAACAACCCACUUUUUAAUUACAGUGAGAAAAAACGCUGCUGCAGUGACAGCAAAUGUUUUUAAAGCUCAGGACAUUUAGUUCUCCCUUAAUUUUGUCCAAUGAAAGCUUGAUGACACUGUCGGUAAACGCCGGAGUAACUAUCCAGCGCUUGAACCGGUAUUACUCCACUGCGGGAAUUGAGACAAUUGAGACCCACGAGCACGCGUUCUCCGUGGCGUGGACCCGGGCUUGUUUGAGAACCCAGGGGUCUGGGCUCCGCGGGGCGGGGGCUGUUGGGAGGCGGGGCGACCUGGGGGCGGGGCCUCUGGGCCGUCCCUAGCGCGCAUGGGCGGACGUCCUCCUCCGCUCUGUCUGACCCCUUCGAUUUUCCGCCGUUGUCCUAAACGUUGCCGGGGCGUCAUCUGAGCCAUCAGUUCCCGAAAUGUCUGAUGAAAGAGAUUCCCUGAGGUGGGGGGACAGAGAGAAAGGAGAGGAGCCGGUUGUGACCGUCACCCGCAGUGCGUACUCUGGCAGGCAGGCGCAGGAGGAGGAGGGGGAGGCAGGGGCUGAUGCCUUCUCUGACGACCUCAGCCUUGGGGAGGCCGACAUUGACCCAAGCCUCCUGGAGCUUGUGGACGAGGAGAAAUGCCGGAGUAUCCGCAAGCAGUACCGGCAGCUCAUCUAUAACGUCCAGCAGAACCGUGAUGACAUAGUGAACACGGCGAGCGACUCCUUAACCGAGGCUCUCGAGGAAGCCAAUGUCCUGUUUGAUGCAGUGAGUCGAACAAGAGAAGCCGCGCUUGAUGCGCAGUUUCUUGUUUUGGCUUCUGAUUUGGGUAAAGAAAAAGCAAAGCAGCUAAACUCUGAUAUGAGCUUUUUUAAUCAAGUAGCAUUUUGUGACUUUCUGUUUAUAUUUGUGGGUCUAAACUGGAUGGAAGAUGAUGGACGUGAUGUAUUGAAUGACUGUGAUGAUAAUAUAGCUUUUUCCUUCUGGGAGACAGUGCAAAAGGAAGCAACAUCGUGGAUAUUGCAAGCUGAAACAUUCCACUUUAUUUUUGGUUCAUUCAAAUCAGAGCCUUCUUCUCGAAAGCCCCGACUUGAAAACCGGAAAAAAGUUCACAAGAUGGAAGAAAAUGGGGACAUGCCUACAAAGCUGAGGAAGCUGGACCUGAGUAGUAAUCAAGAAGCGACAGAAAAAGAAGUAGAAAGAAUCUUGGGAUUGUUGCAAACAUACUUUAGAAAGUAUCCUGAUACUCCCGUGUCCUAUUUUGAGUUUGUGAUUGAUCCAAAUUCUUUUUCUCGUACUGUGGAGAAUAUAUUUUAUGUUUCUUUCAUUAUAAGGGAUGGUUUUGCAAGAAUAAGGCUUGACCAAGACAGGCUGCCAAUAUUAGAGCCAAUUAAUAUGAACCAAGUGGGUGAGGGAAAUGAUCCCAGUUCCCAUGGCAGGAAACAAGGGGUUAUAUCUUUGAGUUUACAGGACUGGAAAAAUAUUGUGGCAACUUUUGAAAUUUCAGAGGCUAUGAUCACAAACUCAUACUGAAGAUAACUUGCUCUUAGAAUGUAUUUUGUGGCUUUUCUAAAGCAUAUCAAAACGGCUAAUAAAAUCCAAACAAAACACACAUUGUAUCUCUUGUAAAGUGAAAAAGUAUUAUCAAUAACAUCAGAAGUUGUGUACUGUGCAAUGUGUUUUUCUUGGUAUUUAUAGAAUUGUCAUGAUUUUCUGCUAACUAAAGAAAUUCACUAGCAUGUUUGUGGAAACUUUUUUUUUUUUUUUUGACUGUUCCUUAAGACCUUAUUAAGAGAAGUUCUGAAUUUUUUAAAUUAAAAGGUGUUUGACAAUUGCAAAAACUUAGUUAUGAGGCUCUGUGAUACUGCAUUGCUUCCUCUGCUACAGGGAAUCAAGGGAAUUCCAUAUAGGCUCUUAACCAGGUUGAGGGAAAGAGUGGGUGAAAAAAAAUGGUCUGGAAAGACUAUCUGUAGGGCAGUGCAUAAAUACUGUAAAAAAAUUCAGAUGCCGUGCCUCAUUGCAAAGAGGACUCAGCAAAUUAGCAGGGAUAUCCAGAUUCUAAAGAAUUUCUCCUGUGAUUGGACUCAGCGGAAGUAGAAUAUCUCUACUAUAGUAGGUGAGGCAUUAACUAAGUGCUGAGAGAUGAGUAGAAAUUGGUCAAAGAUAGGAAAAGUAUUCUAGCAGGGAAAUAUGGAGGCCAAAUACAUGGAAUUGUAAGAUGUUACGGUAUCAGAAAGAUUUAUAAGCUUUUUCUGAACACUGUUCCAUUUGAAUGUUAUAUUGGGCAAAAAUUGAUUUACUUCAUUCAUCUGUUAAUAUCCUCAGAGGUUGAAGAUCUCUGUCAGAUUAUUUCACACGCAAACUAUUUUAACAUCCAUUUACAAUCUCUAUCUACUUAAAUUCUUCUCUGGCUUCUCAUUUUUCCCUUGUAAUUUAUGUUAGUACACAGUGAUUCUGCUAGUAUCUCAGAAUCAGUGAUGUUUCAUUAUGUUGCAGCCUUGAAAUGUUUGUUACCAUUUCAACUUUGUAUUUCUCAAUAGGGCUUUAAAUGCCUGGAAAUUGUCCUUGUUUAAAUUUAAAUAUAUGACUAAUUUAUCCAAAUAUUCUUCACUUCUUAUAAAGUCAAAAGGCUUUAUGUUGUUGCUUAUAAUUAUUUUAAGAAUAUAAAUUGCAUUGUUAUUUGGAGGCUACUGUUAGAAAUUUGGGUCUUUAAGAAAACAAUUUUUGAGUUCCCGUCGUGGCUCAUCAGUUAGCGAAGCCGACUAGAAUCCAUGGGUUCGAUUCCUGACCUCGCUCAGUGAGUUAAGGAUCCGGUGUUGCCGUGAGCUGUGGUGUAGGUCGCAGAAGUGGCUCAGAUCUGAUGUGGCUGUGGCUGGCAUAGGCUGGUAGCUACAGUUUCGAUUGGACCCUAGCCUGAGAACCUCCAUAUGCCAUGGGUGCAGCCCUAAAAGACAAAAAAAAAGACCAAAAAAAAAAAAAAAAAGCAAUUUUUGAAGGUGCUGUGAGCAUGCUUGUAAGCUUUUCUUGAUCUCUAGAAACUUAAUCUUGGGUCGUAGUGGGUCUUGCCAUUAAACCGUAUUUAGUAAGUGGGUAAGUAUCUGCUUUGUUUAGCAGUAAUGAUAAACUUUACUGCCACGUCUCAUGUAGUAAGGGAAGGGAAAUCAAAAGGCUAAAUGAAUGACAUUGAGAUUGAGAGGUUCUUUAGUCUUAGUGGAGGGUUUUAGCAAACAUAGGAAUUUCUCCUGAGACAUGGCCUAUUAUUUUCUAAACUAGUCGUUCCUUUCCCUUUUUUCAUGUGAAGGGGUCCUCUCCCUUCCCAGUACCUACCACCCUUUGAUCUAGCAGCUGUGGAGGCCUCAUUUCGUCUGGCUGAUUCUUCCUUUAGUGUGUCUUCCAGCCGCCCCCUUAGGUUUUCCAGAGCUUUGCUGUUUGGGGGAAAGAUCUCGACGGGAGCAGAAAGAUCUUGCCUCAGGUCUGCUCACCACCGGAUGACUCUUUAAACACCAGGUGUCUUGACCAGGAGUGUUUGCGACUUGAUGAUUGAAAGCACAUUGCGUAGCAGAGAACGGGGAGGCUUGUGAAGGAGGGCAUCUUUGGGUCUCCUCUAAAGUUACAGCAGAAAUAG